AUGAAAACACCUUUAGAAACAAGUUUAAAGUUAGAACAAAUUGAAAACAGUCCAGAAGUGCCAAAUUUUCCAUAUUCUGAGGGAGUUGGUUCAGUUUUAUAUCUAGGACAAACAUCAAGACCAGAUAUAUGCUAUGCAUCAAGUUAUUUAAGCUCGUUUAAUAAAAAUCCAAAACGCAUACAUGUAGAAAGCUUAAAACACUUACUAAGAUAUUUACACGCUACUAAGAAAGUAGGAUUGGUAAUUAAAAACGACAAGAGUGACUCAAUAAUUGGAUACUGUGAUGCAGAUUGGGCAAAUGAUGUAAGAGACAGAAAGUCUAUCACAGGAUACAUAUUCUUUUAUAACGGCUCAGCUAUUUCUUGGUCAACGAGCAAACAGAAAACAGUGGCCACAUCAACAUGCCAAGCAGAGUACCAAGCCUUGUCAGCAGCGUGCAGCGAAGCUAUUUGGAUUAAGCAGUUGAUUAAUGAAUUUGACCCUGAAGUAGCAGCCAAACCAGUUCAGAUGAAGGUAGAUAACAGAAGUGCUAUCGAUUUAUCCAUGACAGCAUCAUACAAAAAAAACGCAAAGCACAUUGAUGUAAAACAUCAUUUUAUAAGAGAACAGGUCGAGGAUAAAAUUGUUGAGAUCCAGCAUGUAAAUUCUGAAGACAUGGUCGCUGAUUACCUGACCAAGUCAUUAGAAUUACCUAAACAUCAGUUCUGCGUCAUCAAUUCUGGGUUGGAAGGAGAAAUUCUAGGAUAA